AUGAAGUGUUUACUCCCCUUCCUUUGGAUUUUAUUAACAAUUUUUGUUUGUUGUACUAAUGGCACUUCAAAUGAAAAUAGUGAACUUGUUUUGGUUCAAGCUUUGUGGAGACACGGUGAUCGUUCACCCACAAAAACCUUCAAAACGGAUAAAUAUCAAGAGAAGGAUUGGCCUCAAGGAUGGGGGCAAUUAACACCUACAGGAAUGGCUCAACAUGUAGAGUUGGGAAGAAGACUAAGACAGCGAUAUAUAGAGGAAUUGAAAUUUGUUGGUCCUCGAUAUAAUAGUCACGAAAUUUAUGUUAGAAGUACAGACUGGAAUAGAACAUUAACUAGUGCUAUAUCGAAUUUUAUCGGGUUCUACGGCCCCGGAAAUGAUGAUGAAUACCCAAAGGAUUUGGGCGCAAACAAAUGGCCAGGAUGGUAUUUCCCAAUAGCUAUACAUUCACUCCCAGGAAACGAAGAUUUUAUGGCUCCUGGAGAAUCGGAAUGUAAACGAUUUGAACAAAUAAAAGAGCGGAUAACUUUAACAGAAGAAUACAACUCGACUUUGAUUAAAUACAAAUGGCUACUCGAUUUUUUGAGUGAAAAGACGGGACAGAAUCUUGACCCUUUCGAUAUGUGGAUGAUUAACGAUGCUUUUUAUAUUGAGAAAUUAAAAGGAAAAAAAUUGGUAGACUGGGCAGAGGGGAACCAGACACUUUUGGAUGCGAUUGCUGAACUUGACAACUUGCAAGAAAGAUGGAUGGUUGGGUUAGAUUUAAAACCUCUGGGUGAUGCCAACUUUCGCGAAGAACUUCCAAAAAUUUUGGGCGGGCCAAUCUUAUGGAAAUUUAUAACAAAUAUGCAGGAGAAGUUGGCUUGUUCAAAGCGGAUGAAUUCUGUAAAGGAAAUUGACAGAGAAAUAGAAGGAAGAAAAUCGCCAAUAGGGACGCCCUUGUGUAAAUGGAUGAACAAAAUGCGCUAUUUUGCUUAUUCUGCGCACGACAGCACAAUUAUUGCUAUUUUUGCAGCUUUGGGUCUAAACAAAACGAAUUAUGAUGAGGAUGGUUACCCGAAGUACUCUACCUGUUUAACUUUGGAAUUAUGGAGGGAGAAGGAUACUGGUCAAUUUGAUGUUAAGGUUUUAAUCCUUUAA